AUGCGGGAUGGGGUCAGCACUUGCUCACCGCCCGCUCCCCCAGCCCUGCUGCCCUACGUGCCCCGCGUACCCACCACGGCGCUGCCGGGGAAGCUCACAGCCACCACCUUCGCUUUGGAGAGACCCUGCUGCAUCUUCGACCAUCAGGCCGAUGCUUCCGAUGCCGUUUGGACGCUGGAGACGCCGGUCCGUGCGUUCGCCUGCUCAGCACCGAGCCCGGCCCUGCUGCGCGUUGGGGGGGACACGGAAUGCGGGGCACAGGAGCCCUGCAAUGGGCCCCUGCCCUCCCCAGGGCCAUACAGGGUGAAGUUCCUAGUGAUGGGCUGCCACGGCCCUAAAGCAGAGACGAGAUGGUCUGACCCCAUCCUCCUUCGGAGAG